AUGACAGAUAAUGAUCAGAUCACUGGUGCACCACCGGCCUCGUGGCGCAAUGGACAACGCGUCGGUCUACGGAACCGAAGAUUGCAGGUUCGACUCCUGCCGAGGUCGUGUAGAGUUGGCUCAACUUUUCUCAUACGGCUUGGCCUGCUGUUUAGUCUAUUUGGAAUGCUGAAUGAUCUUUACAUUUCAAACAAAAAAUAUUCACGGUUAAGACAUGAAAAUGAUAUAUUAGCUCAAUAUGAGAAUUUUUCGACUUUCUUAUCAUGCAAAUAUCAUCCGCCUGUUGAAUAUGAUACUUCAGAGUGUGGAUGGGCAAGCGAUGAAACAUCUUUUAUAGUACGAUACUAUCGUCAACGUACUCACGAAUGUGCGUCACGACUCGACAUGAUUCCAUGUAACCUGAAAUAUCCAGCAUCAUAUAAAUACUGGCAAAAUAUAUUCAAAAAAUUAUUAAAUAAAAAUGACAUUAAAAGCGAAUAUCGUCCUUGUCCAGGCAUUUUCAAUAAUACCAUCGGCGAGUAUGGCAUGUCCCCACAAACUUCAAUUCUGGCACCGAAAAUCAAAAAUAUGGAUCGGUUCAAUAUACGAUUUAUGCUUCGUCCAAAAGAUUUUAUCAUGCGUUGCCCGAUCUGCAUGAUCAGCAGCAGAUUUUCUUCGUAA